AUGUAUCAGUUAAACCGAGAGUUGGCUGCAAGGGGAAUCGAGUGGAGCCCAAGAAGUCUUAAUUUUUUAGAGGCUUGGAAUUAUCCUGGUGCGAGCUCUGCGACGAACUGGAAUUUCCGCACUGGCAUCAUCCACGAAGAGCAGAUUGAAGAAUGGCUCAACCAAACUGGGGAGUUUUCCACCCCGGUUGCGCCUGUGGGGGUUGGCGCUGCCCACGGAGGCAUAAGACUGUUGGCGUGCAACUACACCCUAUUCAAAAGAGCAUCGGUAAGGAUGUCUCGCGAAGCGUUUGAACUAUACGAAAUUGGCAACCACAUGCUUUCACUCACACAUCAUACAACUUCGCGCUGGACGACGGCUUUGCUCGCGGGUGAGUCGAUUGUUGGAGUCCUUCCCUAUGUUCAGCAGCCGGCCCCGGAGAGGCUCCGACGGUUUUCCCCGUGUGCUACGAUCCGCGAAUAUCUAAUUCGUUCUCCGAGGCUAUGGAACUAUCCUCUUACCUUGCCAUGUAUUAUCCUGACUGAUCAUUUGCGCCGGUUGCAAUCAUACUCCUCCCAGGAUCUUACACAGAGCGUAAUGGCCAUAGAGGAACAGCUUGGGGUAACGAGAGUGGGAAGAAGGGGCAAUGGUCCAAUCUCUCGCAGCGUAAGGGGGAUCAUGGGCACCGAGGGAGUACCGGUGCAAAGAACCCAAGCGGAGCAUCUCACUGUUACGAUAAAUACGGAGGUCACAAGGGUGCGUUUUACGUCUGCGGCUCCCAAGUGGAAUCAUGAGGCAUCUAUGAUGAUCAUCGGCCUUGCAAGAGCAUCCUCGAGACUCAUGUGCCAAGUGCCGAAUUCAGACGAUGAAAUAAUAGGCUUGUUGGAACAUAAUAUCAAUAUCGCAAAGUCACUUGAGGAUCAUGUCCUCGGACUCCAGAAACGAUUGGAACUGCAGCUGAACGUGCUAUACAGUUUCGUGGCCCAAACGGAUAACCGACUCAACGCGCGUCUUGCCGCGACAGCUGGAAGGGACAGUACGUCAAUGAAGAUAUUGGCUUUCAUCACAACCAUAUUUCUUCCAGGGACUUUUGUUGCGACUCUGUUCUCAAUGAAUAUGUUCAAUUGGGAGGACCAGGGAUCGGACAGGACUGUGUCAUCUAGGUUCUGGAUCUACUGGGCGGUUGCAGCUCCUCUUACGGUAGUGACCCUCGGUGGAUGGGGGCUAUGGUGGAAUUUCGAGAAACAUCGGUAUGAUGCGCACCUAAAAAGCACUGUAAAAACAGCAGGGGAAGUGAAACCACCGCCGUGGUGGCAACGGAUGUUACGAGUUCGGGAGACUUUACGCCCUGAGGAAUACGAAUUUCCAGCAAUAGCAAAUGCCUACCUGCGAGAUUUCCAGCAACGAUAUGAAACUAGAAAUCCUAAAUCAGAGGCACAACAUCAGCGAGCAGCAAGGCACCUACCGGGCGGAAACACGAGAUCUGUGUUACAUGGCCCUCCUUUUCCAUUAUGUAUGGCAAGUGGAAAAGGAAAUAAACUUGUCGAUAUCGACGGACAUGAAUACCGUGAUUUCCUGGGUGACAUGACCGCUGGGCUCUACGGACACUCUCAUCCCCUUAUUUCGGAGACUAUAACGUCGACAUUGACCGGCGUUGGGAUGAACCUGGGAGCGACAACUGUUGCCGAAGCCCAAUUUGCUGAAGCCAUAUCUAACCGGUUUACCAGCAUUGACCGGGUACGGUUUUGUAAUUCUGGAACAGAAGCAAAUCUGUACGCGUUGAGUGUGGCUCGACAUGUUACUGGUCGACACAAGGUAAUCGUCUUCGAGGGGGCAUAUCAUGGGGGCGUGCUCUCAUUCACGCAUGGUGUUGCCCCGAAUAAUGCCGAUAGAGCAGACUGGAUUGUUGGCCAGUACAACGAUAGAGAAGGCAUUAUUAACUCGAUUUCUGAGAAUAAGCAUGUCGCAGCCGCAGUUCUGGUCGAGCUAAUGCAAGGGGCGGGCGGAUGCAUUCCAGGAACCGCAGAGUUUCUCCACGCUAUCCAAGAGACGGCCAAGGAUAAUGGAGUUGUCUUCAUCGUUGAUGAGGUGAUGACCUCGCGCCUAGCGCCGGGGGGUCUGCAGUCGACCCUUUUACAUCCAGUCCGCGGCACUCCCCUCACACCGGAUCUCACGACUUUGGGUAAAUGGAUCGGUGGUGGGCUGAGUAUUGGUGCUUUUGGCGGUCGACGAGACUUGAUGUCAGUGUAUGACCCGCGUACCUCGAGCAUCCAACAUUCAGGGACAUUCAACAACAAUACUCUCGCCAUGAACGUUGGAUAUAAAGCAAUGACAUCGAUCUAUACAGACGACGCCUGCACCGCACUCAAUGGACUGGGAGAUUACUUCCGUGCGAGUCUGCAGAAAUUGGCUACGGGCACGAAAUUGACCGUGACGGGUGUUGGCUCGGUGAUGACCGUCCACUUUUUACGCACAGGAGGACGGAACGGAGUAUAUCGCAUCCAUGACAUAGAGAUCGAUUCUCAAAGUGCGGAGGCCGCACUCCGCGACCUUUUCUGGCUCUACCUGGUCGAGCGUGGGUUCUGGAUUGCCCGUCGUGGAAUGAUCGCUUUCAUCCUCGAAACGAGCAAAGAGGAGGUGGAUCAACUUCUUGAGGCCAUAAAGCAGUUCCUGGAGGAGUUCCAGGAUGUCCUUGCUGCGGACCAAGACCUCCAAAUCCAAACAACCAGCGGCUCCGUCCAGGGCAUCUACAACGACACCUCCUCAACAGUCCGCGCAUUCCUUGGAAUACCAUACGCAGAGUCUCCCACAGGGAAUGGCCGUUUCGCACCCCCGCGUCCAUUUUCACCAUCCGCGUCUGUAAUCAAUGCAUCCGCAUUCACGGGGCCAUGUCCGCAGUCAUACCAACCCGAUAACCAGUCUAUCUGGAGUGUCCUGCCGUAUGAGAUUUUCAACCCGGCGCAGAUGACCGAGGAUUGUCUCUCUGUGAAUGUGUGGGCGCCGUCGGGGCAGCGUCUGCGUAAAGAAAAGAGGGGAAAGGCCGCUGUUAUGGUGUUUAUCCAUGGUGGUGCGUUUACGGGGGGUGCUGGCUCGGUGGGGUUUUAUGAUGGGUCGAAUUUGGUGAGGGAGCAGGAGGGCGUUGUCGUUGUUACGUUUAAUUAUCGGCUGAAUAUCUUUGGGUUUCCGAAUGCGCCUGGGCUGGAGCUGUCGGAGCAGAAUGUGGGGCUGUUGGAUCAGCGACUGGCAAUCGAAUGGGUUCACGACAAUAUCGCCAACUUCGGCGGUGAUCCGGAUCGCAUUCUCCUCUUUGGGCAGUCUGCAGGCGCUGCUUCAGUUGAUACUUAUUCAUAUGCUUACCCAGAAGAACCCCUUGUCAGUGCCCUCGUGCUUGAAUCAGGCACCACUUCCAUACUGGAAAAUACAGAUACUGCGCACCGCAACUGGAACCAACUUUCUACCGAUCUGGGAUGCGGUACCGGAGCAGCGUCUCUUUCCUGUAUGAGGGAGGCUCCAUUUCAGGAUAUCAUUGAUGCAAUGACGAAGGGCGGAUAUAGCUUCACGCCGGUCUUUGAUAAUAGGACGUUCUUCUCAGAUUAUGCGGAUAGAGCAAGGAGUGGAAAGCAGGCGCACCUUCCAACCCUCGGAGGAAUCAACGCGCGAGAGUGGUCAGCCGUUGUCCCGCUGAACCAAUCGUCUCUCAAUGAGACGCAGAUGCUUUCGACCCUGUAUAGUAGUUUCAGCUGUCCUCUGCGGGAGGCUGUUGAGCUCCGGCUCCAGCAGCAUAUCCCUACGUGGAGAUACGUCUACCACGGGAACUUCACAAACCUCAGCCCCACGACCUGGCUGGGAGCAUACCAUAGCGGUGCUUGGGUUGCAUUUGCAAAAGACCCCGAGCAUGGCCUUGAUCAGUACAGGUGGCCGCAGUUCAGUUUUGACAAAGAUACUUUGGUAAAUCUAGCCGUUAAUAACAAACCCGGACUGGUCCUUGGUUCCGCAGAAGGAUGGGAUAAGCAUUGUACAUAG